AGAGGGAGCAAGUGUUUGGAUAUGUGUUACAAGUGCCCUCUGACUCAUCAUUCACCUUUCCUAUAUAUCUAUUAAAAAAAAAAGCCAGAAUAUAUUCAUUAAAAUAAUGGGGGUCCACCGACCAUGCCUAAAUUUCUGGUCACCUUAUCUACAGUUUGCUUCCCCCAACUUUUGUCUUCAGUCAUCACUAUCACCCAGAUUCAAUGUUUCUAAAUCAAAUUACUGCCCAUCAAAAUUACUGCAAGUAGGAAAUAUCACAAAUUGUGUAAUUUUAUGUUAAAAAAGACAUUUUUUUUCCCCCAUAAUGAAUGAAGCUGUUAUAGUAGUCUGGCAUUCAGUUAUGGAGAUCCACAUGAUAUGUCAAACUUUUGUAGGACUCAAGGGUCAUGAUCUUCUCGUGUGAUUCAGUGGUGAAAUGAAAGCGAGUGUGCACUGUCCAAAAACUCUGUGUGUGUGUGUGUGUGUGUGGACGAAUAAAGUAAGGAUAGAAAAAAGAGGACAGAUGUAAUAAAAUACUAGAUAUUAAUUUUAAACAAGUUGAUGGAUUGAACUUUUUUUUGGUCAGUUAUAGUAUACUAAUACACUGACUAAUUGAUUUUUGUAAUCUGACACUUUCUUUUUUUACUUCUCUGCUUGAGAUACUUUCUUACAAGGGGAAGGCUAUAUUCCAUUGUAGACUUCAGCUUUAGUCUUUUAGCCGGCAGGGGUGAACUUGAACUUCUUCAAAUAGUUUCUCUGGUGAACAUCUUUCUGUUUCUUGGCAAAAUGCAAGGAGGAAUUCGAGCUAUUUUUUCGCAUGGCAGUGUCCUUAAGAAUGCCAUUCUGCAACAUGUUCGUGUGGUCAACCCAGUUAUGCGCCCUCUUUUGCUUGCGAGGUAUGAGUCAACAUCAGCAGCUCAAAUGGAAGAGCAUGGCUUUGAAAGUACCACAAUAUCUGACAUUUUGAAGGGCAAGGGUAAAAGUGCAGAUGGCUCUUGGCUUUGGUGUACUACUGAGGAUACAGUUUAUGAUGCAGUCAAAUCUAUGACAAACCACAAUGUUGGAGCCUUGGUGGUUGUGAAACCUGGAGAGCAAAAGGCAAUUGCUGGUAUCAUUACCGAAAGAGAUUAUCUUAGGAAAAUCAUAGUGCAAGGAAGAUCAUCUAAAUCAACAAAAGUUGGGGAUAUCAUGACCGAAGAGAACAAGCUUAUUACGGUCACACCUGACACCAAAGUUUUGAAGGCAAUGCAACUGAUGACAGGUAUAUACUUUCGGCCUCUACCUGUCAAUUAUCAUUUGUGUUUGAGAAUCAUUUUACCUGAUUGAAUAGUGACGAUGGAUUAUGGAUAUGUGGUUAUGCGGUAGAUAACCGUAUCAGGCACAUUCCUGUGGUCGAUGACAAAGGAAUGAUAGGAAUGGUGUCCAUUGGAGAUGUGGUUCGUGCAGUUGUGAGUGAGCACCGCGACGAGUUAAACCGUCUGAAUGCAUUUAUUCAAGGUGGAUACUAGAUUAGAGAUGACGACGAUAAGCAAACAAGACUCUUGUAAAUAUCCCUCCAGGUUACAGCCUAUACUACCUGUGUAGGUAAUAAUGGCUUGACCUCAAAGAGGCAACUUGGACCUUCUGUUGGUGUUUGUCACCAUUGCAUUUGCUUACUCAUGAAUAACGUGUUUGAUAUUUGGCAAACCUGUGGGUUUUGGGCCACAGGGAUUUCAGCCAAGAUACAAGACUCGUGAAAGCUUUGCUUUACAUGAAAUUGCAAAGAAAUUUGACUGUUGUUCUUUACGUAUUUUGGUUAUUUAUUUUAGAAAUUCCAAAAAAGAGAGAAAAGGGAAACGAAGUUACGCAGAAUAACAAAAGAGAUUACACUUGUCAUUCCUCGAGUUAAAACAUUAUAGUUGGCUAAGAAUUUUCAUCGACAGAAUCAGCACCAAUCUAUUUGAUUACUGCGUUAAUCAUAUCCUUCAAAUUCCAGCAGCCGACUAACUCAAGGUCCAUAAGAUCCAGGUUCGACAAUCGUUUGAUGGCUGGUUCUGGAACAAUACACUUUUUGUACCCCAAACUGGACAGGGUAAGAACCCUCUUCUCCAUUUUUUGGUACUAUACGAAGAUCACCACCAAGGCCAACUUCUCCUAUGAAUGCGACCCCCCUUGGGAAUGGGACGUUCAAAGACGCUGCUGCUAAGGCGACGUCUCCAGCCGUGUCAAAUAACUUAGCACCAUUCGCGACGUUUAUAUAAAUGCCAUUAAGCCGUAGGUUUAGGUCCGCUUGUUUGUUGAGAACUGCGAUUAUCAUGUCUGCUUUGUUGGGUAGAACACCAUUCACUUGCUUUGUAGUCGAACCUGUCAUGAUGCAUAGUGCCUGAACUUCAAUGAGAAAAGCCCGCGAGCCACCCAUAACCACGGAUAUGGCUGAGCCUGCUAGAAACUCCGAACCUGAGUAUGCUUCGCUAAGAAAUACUUUCACUGGGAUUCAAAACAGGUUGAAGCCGAGUUGCGACAUUUCAAACACUCCAAUCUCAUCCGUGGAUCCGAACCGAUUCUUCACAGAUCGAAGCACUCUGUGCGAAUAUAACUUGUCGCCUUCAAUGUAUAGCACAACAUCAACGGCGUGCUCCAACUCGCGAGGUCCAGCCAGUAUUCCUUCUUUAGUCACCUGCCCAGCCAAAAGAAUUGGGAUAUUUGUCUUCUUAGCAAAACGCUGCAAAGCAGCUGUGCAUUCUUUUACUUGGGCGGGGCCUCGUGAUUGUCCAGCGACGCCCCGCAUAUAAACUGUCUGGAUUGACUCAAUAACCGAAGCAUGAGGGGAAAGACAUUGAACCUUUUCCAACAUGUCAUUAACCUCGGUACUCGAAUACAAGGAAAGAUCAGCAGUCUGAAGAAUAUUCAUACGAUAAGCCCUGUUUCUGAUUUGUUCAAUGCUCUCUUCACCGGAGACAUAUACAACUGGAGCUGGACCUUCCUUGUGGUUCUCCCCGUCAGCAAUUAUUGAUGCCACCUGUAACAAGAAUGUGCUCUUUCCGGCGCCGGGAUCACCACCAACUAAGACUAAAGAACCUGGCACGAUACCACCGGCACCGACAACCCUUUCAACUUCAGCUCCAAAUAGUCCGGGGAGGGGAAUUCGCCGAUUCUCCUGGUUGAUUGGCAUGUUCGUGUCGGACAACUUCACAAGACCAGAUUUGUCAUCAGAAUUCUGAUCCAGCCAUGUCCAUGCUUUAUUGUAGGAAACCUUCUUAGUUCCUCUCAUUUUACCUCGACCACCUGUUUUUCCUGCACAAUCUUGCUUCCUGGUAUCCACUUUUUCAUCAUCAUCAUCUAAUUUCCUCAUUUCUUCCAUCCCAACAAUUACUCCCAUCUUUGAUCUCCCUGGAAGAUGGAGGUGGCUUUUCGGACUCUAAAUCGGUUUUUCCACGGGUCAGAGCAUUGAGGUGGAAAUCAUCAGGGGAACGUUGAGAGCAUCUCAGGACAAUGGAGGAGUGAAUUUGGCGGGAGAAAAUGAAGGGUUUUAUGGGAAUUUUGAAGAGAGAAAACGUCUGGCAUACAUAAUGAAGUCGGAUUGGCUGAAUACCGCGGGUUUCCGAUCAACCGGAUUCUGCUGCAACUUGCUUGAGUCGGAGCAGUAAGGCAAAAAUAGAAAUGGAAGGUUUUUCUGAAAUGUUUCGUGUUUUUAACAGUACUACAACUCCUGAAAGGAUUACAGAAGUAUAUAUUCAGGCUCUCAACUUCUCUUCUUCUCAUUCUUCCAUUCAUUUAUUUAUCCCCAUACUUUGAUCGCCGAGCCAUAUAAUUCUCUUUUAGCUGUCUCAAUUUAAUCCACAUUUUCUUAUGUUUCCCAAUUUGAUCUUUGAAAUUCAUCCAGUUUACUCCCUCUAUACUUACUCCCUCCAUUUCAAUUUUUAAAUCAGAGUUUCCGAUGGUGGCAAAGUUCUCCUAGCGCCAGUGUUUAUUGAAAAGAUUAUACAAAGGGGUCGCCUUUUGGCCCAAAGCCAUCCUAGGAAAUUUAAGGUAGAAAACAUAGGACCCCAAUACACUGGUUAAUAGAUACAUUGGGCAUAAAAACACCGACAAAAGUAUUUAGCAUAAAAGAUACAUUGACCUUUCAAAGAGAGAUUGUACAUCCAUCCAUUGAAAGUACCAAAGUAAGAAUGGUGAGAGGUGCACAUUUUCUUGGAUUAUUUUGUUCCUUUGCCCCUAGUACUUCCAAGAUUAAGAGUAUGAAGAGCACAUAAUAUAGACUGGACCAUGGCAAAGAUAAUGAACUCAUGGCAUUUCUAUUCAUUAUGUGUCAUGUUAUAACGAUGUCAAGUGCGUGCUUAUCAGGGCAACAUGGAGCAAAAUAUGCAAUUCUAUGUGCAUAUAUCAUGUAAAGUGAAUGCUCAUUAAAAUAACCGAGGAGGAAACAUGCAUAGUCACAUAAUUAUCCCCUUUUUCAAAGAAAGUCAUCUAAGAAAAUGACCAAUUCACUUAUAAAGGUUAAGAACGCUUAUCUCGUUCGGUGCGUAGGAAAGUGACCUAGCAAUGACCUUAAAAGGCCUCCAAGAAUUGUUGCAAUCUUCGAAGUUUGCCCCAUUCCUCAAUAGGGACCUGUUUGUUUUGCAAAGUUUUGAAUUUCUGCAACUUUUGGUCGCUUCCGUCCAAAAAGAAAUCCCUGGCUGCCAUUUUGCCCCAGCACCGUCGCUAAAGACGCAAGAUCAUCAAGAAGGGUUGUUGGCUGCUCCUAGCGACGCAUCAACGAUUGCGCAUCUUUGAAUCGGGGACAAAAAUGCUCUAAGAGUAGGAGCUCGCCCCGACAAAGGAGGAACGAACUAAUGGUGGUCGCCUGCUGCCCGAAUCCACAUGGCGGACGCCAAUCGUCUCAAGCUUCCUCGCCGAAAAAUGAGGUCCGCCACUGGCUUUGGGCUUGCACCAGAUCGCAUCAAGAUCGCCUCCAGCGUAUGAACAAUGGGAUCGCCAAGCCAACAGACCCUGGGUUGGAGCACCAAAUGGUGAACGCAAACUGCCAAUGCCAAAGUGAUUGCCGAUGAAGAUGGGACACGUUUAGCCCCAACACAAAUGGUGAACGCCAAUCACACAAACCCCAUCGGAGGCAUUGCAAAGCGUGUUGCUGCUUUUACGACUCGUUCGCAGUCGACGUGGCUGAUGAAGGAAAUGCCCGGGGUCGCCUUGAAAGCGGAGAUAACUGUUGCUGAAGGAAGCUCAAGGUCGCCAGAGACUGCUGCUCCUCCAAUCGAUCGCCAGCCGGCACGUGAUAACUCGCUCGCGGUCGACGUCGCUGAUGAAGGAAAUGGAUGCGGUCGCUUUGAAAGCGGAGACCGCCGUUGCUGAAGGAAGCUCAAGUUCGCCGGGGGUUGCUAUUCUAAUCAAUCACCAGUCGGCACGUUGCUGAUGCUAUCGCCAAAGUGGCUGCCGGUAAAGACGGGACGCGUCUAGUCCCAACACAAAUGGUGAAACGCCAAUGCAAACCAUCAUUAGAGGCAUCGCCAAGCGCCUUGCUUAAUGAUUAAAGCCAUUGCCAAUCGGUAGCCAUUGAAUGGGUGUUCUCCACUUGCUGACCCCAUCGAUUUCUUGACAACUAAUGUUGUUAAACUCGGCUCGGACAGGCCGGUUAAACUACGAACUGGACCACAUACCGAGCCGAGUGACCUGUAAAACUCC